AUGGGUGCCCAAUAUUCCUCAUUAAAUAAUUUAAAAUCGAACGAGUAUCUAUCACGUUUUGUUAGUGAAGAAUCAAUAUCCGUCAAUGAUCCAUUUUGGAAUCAAUUUCUAUCAUUUCGUUUACAAUCUCCAUUUACUACUGCUCAUUCAAAAUUAAUUGAUGAAACAUGUUCAAUCUAUUUACAACAAUUUGAAGCAAAUAAUCCGAAAACAAAUAAUUAUGGAACACUUAUUGAAGUUUUUAUUCGUUUAGCUUCAGCUAUUCGUGAUGAUUGUGAUGAUAAUAUUGUUAUAUGGCAAACUUACAGUGCUUUAUUUAUCCUUCGUUGUGUAACAAAAUAUUUUAUUGAAAUUGAUUCCGAACAAAAUCUUCAUCCAUAUUUUUUACCACAAGAGAAUUCAGAUCGUCUAUCAUUAAUGAGUUUAUUUGUUGAUACUUUAUUUCGAACGACAAUUGCUAUACCGGUUGAAACAUAUACAUAUGCAUUACAUUUAGAAGUAUUAAAUACAUUACUUUCACUUUUAUCAAUUCAAAUGUGUGCUAAAGAAGCAGCAUUGAUCAGUUCGAUUUAUAGUAUUUUCAUGCAUAGACUUGAUCCAUUAUUAAUUUCGGAAUUUACACGAACUUUAUUAGAACAUUUUAUUAAACAAACUGAUUGUCCAUCAGCAUUAGCUGUUGUUCCAUUGAAUGAUGUUAAUGGUGAUAGUGGAACUUUAUAUAAAAUUGGACAAAGUGUUGCAUCUGGUCUUUGGUCAGUGGUUACACUCGGUAUGGGUUCAUCAACAACAACACCAACAACUACUACUGCUUCUGAAGGAACAGUAUCUCCUACUGAUCCAGCAUAUGAUCUUCGUAAUCAUCAUUUAGCUAAUCAAAGUAUACAUUUAAUUUUAAUUCUAAGUAAUCAUUUUACAAAUGAUGCUCAUCGUAAUCCUUAUCGAUUGGCUUUAUUACAUUUUACUGAUACACAAGAUAGUCCAACAAAUUUACCUGAUUCUGAACCAUUACCAUGGUUUUCUGUUGAUUAUCGUCGUUUAUAUGAUGUACUUUGUCAAACAGUACAUACUGAUCAAAGUACAUUAUUACUUUAUAUGUUAUUACAUCGAAAUCAACAUUUUAAAGCUUAUGUUAUUUCACGAACAAAUAUUGAUCAAAUUGUAUUACCUGUACUUCGAGUAAUCUAUGCGGCUACUGAGAGAAAUUCACAUCAUAUUUAUAUGUCAUUGAUUAUUUUAUUGAUUUUAUCUGAAGAUGAUUAUUUUAAUAAAACAAUUCAUGAUAUUAAACUGAAGAAAUUAACAUGGUAUACUGAACGGUCAUUAAAUGAAAUAAGUUUGGGAGGUUUACUUGUUGCUGUUGUUCUUCGUACAAUACAAUUUAACAUGACACGUAUGCGUGAUAAAUAUUUACAUACAAAUUGUCUUGCUGCAUUAGCAAAUAUGUCAUCACAAUUUCAAAAUUUACAUACUUAUGUAUCACAAAGAAUUGUUUCAUUAUUUAAUUUACUUGCACGUAAACAUUCAAAAACAUUAGAUCAUAUACAACAACAAUCAUCACAACAACAAACAUCAAAUGAUGAUGUACUUAAUGAAUAUGUACAAGAUUUGACCAUUAUUGAAGAUGUUAUGAGAAUGGUCUUAGAAAUAAUUAAUUCAUGUUUAACACAUACACUUAGACAUAAUAUUAAUUUAAUUUAUACAUUACUUUAUAAUAGAAAUAUAUUUGAGAAUUAUAGAACACAUCCGAGUUUUCAAGAUGUUUUACAAAAUAUUGAUACAAUAAUUGUUUAUUUUGCUGAUAAAGUCGAUAAACUUGAACAACGUUCAACAGAAUAUGUUAAAGAAGCUUUAGAAAUGGGUGCUAAACAAUUUCCAAUGGAUCGUUUGAAAAAAUUUCCGGAAUUAAAAUUUAAAUAUGUUGAAGAAGAACAACCAGAAGAUUUUUUUGUACCUUAUGUAUGGACUUUAGUUUAUAAGUCAUGCAAUCUUUAUUGGUCAUCGGAAUCAAUUCUUAUAUUUAAACAACAACAAUCAUUAAUGUCACAAUGA